AUGGCCGUCCGCGGCGGCGGCGGCACCGCCCUGACGCCUUUCUCCAUCCAGGCCAUCCUCAACAAGAAGGAGGAGCGCGCCCGCGGCUGGCGGCUGUGUGCUGCCCGCGCCGAGGCCCCGCCGCCGCCCGCCCCGCGCCCGCCGCCCGCCUGGGACUCGGACUCGGCGCUGAGCGAGGAGCCCGAGAGCGAGCGGCGCUCCGAGGAGGAGAGCGCCGGGGGCAGCGCCCGCCCCAACGAGGCUGCGGGCAGGGCGGCCGGCGGCGGAGGCGCGAACUUCGGAGGCGGCGGCGGACGGGAGCGGGACCGGGACCGGGACGGAGCGCGCAGCGACAGCGAAGCAUCGGCCGCCGCUUCAGGUCGCGGCCCGGCCGACGAGGAGGAGGCGGCGGGCGGGAGGCUGCUGGCGGCCGAGGAGGAGGCGGCGGCGCCGAAGCCGCGCAAGAAGCGCUCCCGCGCCGCAUUUUCCCACGCGCAGGUGUUCGAGCUGGAGCGGCGCUUCAACCACCAGCGCUAUUUGUCGGGGCCCGAACGCGCCGACCUGGCCGCCUCCCUCAAGCUGACCGAGACGCAGGUGAAGAUCUGGUUCCAGAACCGCCGCUACAAAACCAAACGGCGGCAGAUGGCGGCAGACCUGCUGGCCGCCGCCCCCGCCGCCAAGAAGGUGGCCGUCAAGGUGCUGGUGCGCGACGACCAGAGACAGUACCAGCCCGGCGAGGUGCUGCGGCCGCCCUCGCUGCUCGCCCUGCAGCCCUCUUACUACUACCCCUACUACUGCCUGCCCGGCUGGGCCCUGUCCUGCGCCGCGGCCGCCGGCACGCAGUGA